AUGUCAAGUCGACAGCUUCGCAAGCUGCGCGAGCUGCACGGCUCCGUCCCAGCCGAGGAGCCAGAUGCCGAGCACAGCGAGCAGGACGGAGAGCAAGAUGAAGGGGUCCAGAAGGUGUCGGCCUUCCACGCUUUGGUUGACUCCGAGUCGGCGGAGUCGGAAGAGGAGCCGCAGGCGCCAAAGGACCCUCCUCCAACACUGCCAGCCCCUACAGCUGACAAGCCCCGGCAGCCUCGCAAGCGCCGCGGAAAGCGUCCCAAGGCCGAGGAAGCAGGAGCGGAGCCAGCACUGAAUGCAGAUCCUUUGGAGGCAUCGAUGUCUCCAGAGUCCCCGGAAGCAAAUGGAACCAUGGGGCCUCUUGCCAGUGAGGAAGAAGUGCCAGAAGUGCCAGCACUCGAGGCCCAGGCUCCGUUGAGCAUGUGUCGGGCUGACUUCUCCAUGGAGACGGAGCGGCAGCGGGUAUUCGGAAGCCGCGAGAGAGGCCAUGGCCUGCAUGGCCAUCGAAAGGCCGGUGCGAAACCAAGGGGUCAAGUGGAAGGUCGCACGCUGCAUCACCGGCGACUCUUUCUCGUUUCCUUGACUCCAGAUGAGCCCUGGGCCAAGCCAGAGACCUCAGCCCGGAUGGUGACAAAGCUCGACCAGGAUGGAGCCGUCAUCUUUGGUUUUGAAGAAACUCCCGCGUCCUCCCGCGACUUGACCACUUUGAGACAAGUAGUGAGCCAGGAAGAUCCGCAACUACUGCAGCAGUACUUGCAGAAAAACCCUUUCUCUCUGGAUGGCCUGCUGGUCUUGAUACAGUACCACCGGCAGCAAGGGUCCUACGAUCAAGCUCGGGAACUUGUGCGUCGUGCCGCGUAUACGCUGGAGUGCUCCAUGUCCCCGGACUUCUCUCCCUUCCAGACAACAGGAAUUGGGCCUGGAGCACAAAGACCACGGGUUCGGCUCGAGAUCGACAACAUCGAAUCUGAGGCGUGGUUUGGCUGGAGCUGGCUGCUGGCACUUUGGCACCACAUACACUGCCUUCGGGGCCAGGGGAUGCAGAGGACGGCGCUGGAGGUCUGCAAGCUGCUGCUUGCAUGUACGCUGCCGCACGACCCGGCACAUUGCCUGCUCUUCUUUGACUUCCUGUGCUUGCGGUCCCGGAGCUUCCAAGCCCUCCAGAGUUUCGUUGAGGGCUUCGCUGGCUAUGGCUUGGGCGGCUCUGCACCAUCCCUGUCACGCUUCGCACGGCCGGAUUACUCUUUGCCAAGCAUGGCCUAUUCCCUGGCACUGUGCACUCAGCUGGCGCGCGGACAGGGGAGCUGCCCAGACCUAGCUGUCUUGAGCCAUCUUCCCUUAGACUCGAUACUGUCUGGCACGGAGGACGCUGACUGGGAGGAGGACAUGCGGGCACACGCCAGAUUGAUGCGCGCGCUGUUGUUCUUCCCCGGCUGCUUACGACCACUUCUAGACGAGUGUGGCAUAGGCUUGCAGUCCAAGCCAGGUGGUUCAACAAGCUCAACAGAGACAUGGGCAGAGCUUCUUGCAUCUGCCCCCUUCUCCAACGCCAUGGAGUUUACACAUGAGCAACAUGCCACAACGCAUGGUCGUCUAUGCAUGGCCUACGCCAAGCUUUGCAGUUCCUUCUGGAAGGAUGCGAUUACAUGGUUGCAUGCGUGUUGUAGUCGAUGGGUGCGUCUGCAUUCCAGCUCGGUUUUUGUCAAAGACAUCGAGGAGUCGCGCAGAUCUUGGGCAAGUAGCAAGCUGGCAUUGUGUGAGGCUUUGGCCGACUACAAAGACUUGCACCCCAGCGAAACAGAAGAGAAUCCUGCCCCACCUCCCAUCCUGGAGCGAGCGCUCGCAGCCAGGCUGCAUCCUCCAAAUCACCACGGUCACCCCUUUGCUUUCACGGGAGCUGGUGGCAUGGACGGUAUGCACAUGCAGGUCCAACCAAACAUGUCCUUGCACUCACCACCAGGAUUGUUGUUCUUCCAGUCUUUAUUACCGUGGAGCGAGCUGGACCACACUGGUGUGCAAGUUUCUCCACUGUUUUGGCGAGAUGUCCUACAGGGAGCGCUUGCUGUUGCUAAGGGCACCGGUCUUGUGGCGCUUGGCGGGUUGGCAGACGUUUGGCGGGCAGUACGUGCGUUGUUUAGCCGGUGA